CCUUCCCGUUGCUUCUGCUCCCGGUACAUGAUUCGCCUCGAGAAGCCGCGCUGCGAGCUGCGGGCUGCUGCUGUGGCGGUGGCGCCGGAGAUGGCCGGCAUUCCUCCGGCCGCCGACGGCGGGCACGGGGAGAGGCAUGCGCGAGGCUUGCUCUCCCGUUUCAUUCGGAAGCGGCGGCCCGCCCCAAAGUUUUGACCUUCGUCGGCAUUUCGUGGCAGGGCGAAGGUUCCCCGGCAAGGCGGGAACGGGGAUGUCACAGCGCCGGCGCCGAAUGCGGCUCCGGGUAAUCAGCCGGGGGGCCGGCGGCAGUGGUGGGAGCGCGAGUGCAGAGGGGGUGCAGGGCGGCGGUCCGGCGAGCGGCGGCGUGGGUACGGGGGCGGCGUACGAUGGCGGCCCGGCCAGCGCGGCGCUCAGAGUGGAGGAGCGGUGGACGGCGCUGCCCAAGCAUGUGGCUGGGUUUGGAGGUGAGAACGCUGUGCUCUUCCUGUCUUGUGCUGGCGGUCGGGUUUAGGAGUCAAAUUUUGCCCCGAAUUUGAUGUCGGUUGCAGCCAAAAUCGGGUAGCAAGGGAAGCUUCAGAUGUCCAGUGUGUAUGAAAAAUUGGGUCCGGAUACGGGUAACUGUAACAUUAACUCCUCGGGUAUUCUGGUUUUUUGCUGUGUUGUUCUAUUAUUGCUAGUGUUCAAAGGUUCUGGGUUUAAGGUGUAUCUGUUAACAAUACUGACUGUUCAUUCGGCAUCUAUGCAUUGGCAGGCCUGGCUUUGGUUCGAUUCCAGAUGAGAGGAUGCCAAAGCCAGGCUGUGUUAGUGCAUAUGAGCUAACACUGAGGAAUUACGCCGAGAAGAAGUCAGGUGUUGUUAUCAAUCCGGCAGUGGGCACAUCUUUCGACUCCCGUGCUGAAGCAUACGAGUUCUACAACUUGUACUCGUGGGAGGUGGGGUUUGGCAUUUGCUGGGGUAGGAACAGAAAGAAUGCUGCUAAAAGUGUUACAAGGCAAGAGAUUGCAGCUGUGUGGGCAAUCCGAAGAAGGCCAACAGUUCAACUCAGCGAACUGGCUGCAAGGCUAUGGUCAAGUUACACAGGUCUAAUGAGAAUGGUUGGCACAUCGGAGAAUUUAUAGCUGAUCACACUCAUCCUCUCACUGGGGAUUGCAGUGAGAAGUCAGAUUGGCCUUCUCACAAGCAUCUCGAUCCCUACACUAAAAAUCUAGGGCUCCACCUUAGGAACAACAACAUGGAUCUCAGUAAGAUAAAUGGCAUCAUUGCUAGCUUCUUUGGGGCCAUGGAGAAUGUACUGUUCAAUAAGAGAGCUUUGAAGUCACUGUGUGCAAGGAUAUCAAAGGAGAACUCCGAUGAUGAUGUUUGCAAGGCUCUUGAGUUGUUUCAUUCUUUCAGAAGGGAUGACCCAAGCUUCAGGUAUAGUGUUGAGGUGGACAAUGAGAGCCGGAUAAAGACAUUGUUAUGAACAAAUGGGUGUAGCAGGAUGAAAUAUGCACACUUUGGUGAUGCAAUAACAUUCGAUACGAAAUAUAGGACUACUCUGUAUGACAUGCCCUUUGGCCUGUUUGUUGGUACCAAUAAUCAUUUUCAAAGUGUCAUACUAGGAGGAGUGCUGAUGAGAUAUGAGACAGAGGAAAGUUUCAAGUGGGUGUUCAACGAGUUUGUUACAUUAAUGGGGGGUAAAGCUCCAUGUACGAUUCUGACAGACCAAUGCCAUGAGAUGGAGUUGGCAAUCAAGGAGGUGCUACCUGAUACGACUCAUAGAUGGUGUAAGUUGCAUGUGCUGAGAAGGGAGGAUGAAUGCCUUGGUCCAAUUUAUUUGAAGAAUCCUGGAUGGAUGAUUUUCAUAAGGUCAUUGAUGCAAUGUUAUUGACAGUGACAGAGUUUGAGUCUGCUUGGCAGCAUCUCCUGGAGAAGUACAAUUUGCAUGGAGAUGCAUUCCUUACUCAGAUUUAUGAUCUCGAUAUAGAUGGGCAAAACCCUACUUCAAAGAGAAAUUCUGUGGCAAACAGACUAGUAUGCAAAAAAGAGAGACCGUGAACCACAUGCUCAAAGGUUAUGUACCACCGGAUAGCACUAUCUACAUGUUUGUGCAGCAGUACAACCAACUCCAAUCCGAUCUGGAGUCAAAGGAAAGCUUUGAGGAGAGUAGGAGUAAGGAGAAAUCAAGGGUCCUGAGCAAAGGAGUUCCAAUUGAGGAGCAUGCUGCAAAGGUCUAUACAAGGGCUAUGUUUGAAAAGUUUGGCGAAAUAAUCUUUGAAUCUGGUUCGUACGUAGUGGAUGAGAAGGAGAAAGGGAAGGCAUAUGUAGCACGGCACAUCAGGAGUGACCGCCGGGAGACAUGGUCACAGGUGGAGUUCGAGGUUAUGAUCCGGGCUGAAGAUGGUACAGUUGUUUGUGAGUGCGGACUGGGGGAGCACAUGGGGAUGCCGUGGACAUGUCUGCUGUGACCUUGGACGAUACUACCUUGGCAGCAGAAGGGAGGUUGGGGAUGAAGGCAGCGCCUCGGCGCAAGCGCAAGCUUCCGCAGCAUUUUCCAGCAGAAGAAGUGUCACAACCCACAGUCGCAGCCCACAUGUGAACCAGCUGCAACCUGGUGGGUGUUUCAGCAUCAGCGUUGUAACUUCCACUUUUGCAGUGGGAAUGGUAGUCAUCUAGUCCUGAUAAGUAGUUGUUGGCCGAUGUCCGAAUGGUACUAAGAGCUUGGUGAGAAGACGCAGGCUGGUAGCUUGUAGUGAUGCUGGAAUGUGAUCGUUGUUCCUAGCCUGAUAAGCAGUGGUGUUGCCACGCUUUGUUCACUCUUGCAAGGUGUCAAUCUUUUACUGGUGGGCACUAUGCCCAUUCGCUCAUGUAAGCAUGCAGCAUAUGAAUUUCCAGUCCUUUUCCACGGAUUGUUCUUCCAGGCAUCCCACUCAGGCCAGUUGCAAGGAUGACAGAAAAAGAAAACAAGAUUUAAAAAAAGGCAGAGCUAGAAAGCGUCAAAUAUCUGCAAGGAUGACGGCUUGUUUUUAGCAAGACAAUGACAAGUCGGCCCAGGUUGUCAGGAUACUGAAAUCUUCUUUUAGCAGAGAUACUGAAAUCUGCUUGAACUGAGGCCCAUUAAGCUUUGGGAACUUGGGAGAUUUGCUUGGGCUUGGCCUAGCUCCAAUUAAUUGCUCUAGCUCUACCCCGCAGCAACUAGCCGUUAGGGCCCAAUCAACCGAACGAGAUGUUUGAGCCAGGCCCAACAACUCCUUUUGUCCGCUCUGCGAGAGCGGCAAAACAUUUUCCGGCAUUUACGAAAGCCCCCCAAAAUCCCCGAGAGCGGCGGCCAGAAAUUUCGAAAUCGAAAUCGCAGCGGCGGCGAGCGGCCGAGCUCAACCACGCCGCCCCCAGGCCCCACCCAGCCCCGCUCCCGCUUCCAUCACCGGCGACCUCGCCGGCGUCGGGACGCAGCCAGCAAGGACCCGCGGCCUUCUCCCCGUCGUCAAGAGGUGCAGUCCUCUCCUGCUCGUCUUUGGUGGUGACUGGUUAAUCACCUGCGCCCCGGUUGCAACAAGGGUUUGGUUCCGUACAGGUUGGAGAAUAGCACGACCACGACUUGGGAACCCAAGGAUAGUACGCAGGGCGCGCCGGUUUGAAUUUUGUUCCACGGCCCAUUUUCCAACCACUCCGAAGCCGAAUUCGGUUGAAGCCGAGCGAAUCUGAGUAAUUGAUUAGCAUCCGACGGCUAAUUGGGAGCGGGAGGCGUUCGGCGGCGGACUGCAGCGGGCAGCGGCGAGCUAGGGUUUCUAGAUUGGGAUUUCUAGAUUGUUAAUAGCUGGCGGUGAGCUAGGUAUGUGGUUCCCCUCCCCCUCCCCGUCCCCUUUGGAUUUCUAGAUUUAUGGGUUCUACACUGUGUUAAUAUGUAAUUUUGCCGUUAAUCAAAUUCGAUUCUGUGCGAAUUGGAUUGUUUGACUUGUUCAACUGUAGAUGGCUCCUCCUGGUAUGAUCAGCAGGAAGAGACAAGCCAAGAGUCGCCUGCCAGCUUCAGAUCUUGUUCAUUCUCAAGAGUCACACGAAGAGCAAGGAAACAAGUGUUCCCAGAAGAGAUGUGAUAUCAAUAUGAGAUCAUCACCAAAGUGUGUAGUAGAUGCAAUAGCGGCCCUCUCACUGGACCAAAAGAAUAAGAUCAAAGAGUUGGGCUUUGGGGAGCUUCUAAAGUUUAGUUUAGAUGGAUUUGGAGACCGCUACAUGCUAGAAUUCCUCAUGGACCAUACAGACCCAGAAAAUAUGGAAAUUCGAGUGGGGGGAGGAGAUAAGAACCUGCCCAUCAAUGAACACGUAGUACAAUGUGUUCUUGGCGUGCCAACUGGAAAGGGAAGAGACACACCAGAUUACCCCAACAUGGAAUCUGAACUUAACAAUCUGAGAACGGAGCUUGGUGUCAAGACUGACAAAAUUAAAAGCUCUGACCUCAUAGCCAAGAUCAAUGGUGGUGGCACAGACUAUUUGACCAUCCGUUGCUUUUUUAUUCUGUUGUGCUACAAACUUCUGCUCCCUAGUUCACAAAACCAUGUUACCGAGCGGGAGGUUGCCCUGACCAAAUCACCGAAGGACAUUGCAGAGGUGAACUGGGCAAAGGCUGUUGUCGAUAACCUCCGUUUGGCAGCCCGCAAGUGGCACUCCAAUAAGUUGGCAGUUUCAAAGAAGAAAAGGACACUCUCUGGUUGUGUGGCAUGCUUACUGUUGUACUAUCUAGACCAUCUACGGAGUCCUCACAGUAUACCUUGCAUUAUCACCCCGAGGACUUCCGUCUACACCACGGAGAUUAUCAAAAAAAUCAUAAAGGCAGACAAGAGGAGUCACAGUGGUCACAUUUAUGGCCUCCUAGAUGUAAUAAACCCUAAGAGCUUCCAUCUCCAAUUUUAUUUUAUUUUUUACAUUAUCUGCAUUUUGCAGCUUAUCAAAACUGAUCCUUUUCAGUUCAGGAGCAUGGUGGGUACAUGCUAUUCAAUGGGUAGUAGGCAACUUGUUCCGAACAUCAGCAUUGAACCGUUGCAUUCCAAUUUUUUUCAAGAUUUAAGCCCACGAAAGAGGGAAAUUGCCACAUCAUAUUUCAACACAGUUGACACUUUGAUGGGACAAAUUUUGAAGGAGAGGAAUCUGUUUAUGAUCUCCAUGGGCGUGCAAGAUGCCCAGAACAGCAGCAGAGCAGCUGAGCCUCAGGGCGGUGACUCAGGGAUCCAAGAUGAUCCCCGGAACAAGCAUUUUGAAGCUUAUCAUGAGGUUGCUGCUGAUCAACAGAUUAGAAUUGUUGAUGGUUCUCCUACUGCUCCUCCUCCUGCUCCUGCUGCUGAAGAUGGUAGCUCUGUUCCUCCUCCUCCUGCUGCUGAUGGUUCUCUUACUGCUCUUGCUGCUGCUGCUGCUGAAGAUGGUGGCGGCGGCUCUCUUCCUCCUGCUGCUAGCCUGAAACAUGCACGGAAAAGGACAGUGAGGAAAGAAACAAGUAAAAUGACAUUGAAUGCUUCUAAAGGUGAUAAAGAUGAAGACAAAAAUCCUGGUUUAAGGCGUUCAAAAAGGAGAAUGAAUCAUCCCACACCUUCUAAUUACUGAUGAUAUUCUUUGCCACAUGUUCUAUAGAACGGCCUUGUUGCUGUAAUAUUAACAUUUUAAUUUUUAGACGUUGUUGUCAUUGUUCUUAGAACAGUGCCACAUGUUCUAUAGAACGGCCUUCUUGUUGUAAUAUUAACAUUUUAAUUUUUAGAUGAUGUUGUCAUUGUUCUUAGAACAGCGCCA